UCGUACUGCUGCUUUGUGAAGAGUUCCAAAAGUGUUUUGUCUUAAUGCGCUCGGCCUGCUUUCUCUGUUGAAAGCCUUGUGGGUUUUAAUCAAUUUUCAUAAGAGCCAAAGAAGAUGGAAUCUCCUCCAGUCUCUAUAGAUAAAGUAUCUUGACAACUAAGGAGAGUCAAAGAAAUUACCAGUUUAAUCCAGGUGAGUAUCUCUGGCAACCACAGUUUGAGAGGCGUCCUACGUGCUACCUGAUCUGCUACUUGAUCUACUGGCACACCAAGUAAUUGUUUUCAGUACAUCUGCAGUGUUUGCUGAAAAGCGGUGAUGGAUGAAUGUAAAACAGAAAGAAGGGAGGAGACUAGUGGGGAAACGGAGUUGCCAUCAGUGCCGAAAUCUCCCUCAAAAUGCUCGGAGGGCAAAGACAGUAGUAUCGCUCUCAAUUUUCGACCCAUCAAUAAUCAAGGAGAAACUAGGCUGAAAACUUUUACCAGGGAUUUCAAAUCAAGAUGGAGCUUCAAAGAUACACGUAAAUCGGUCAAAGAGGACUCAACCAGAGUCAAGAUGGAUGAAAGUAAUAAAGAAACAAGAAAGGCAAAUGCGAAAACAGAAUUUCCUGGAAAAUGCAUAGAGGGUGAGGGUGACAAAGAUUCACCCCCUGUGGAUGAUCAAGAGGAAAAUUUACCCCAACCCUUCAGCAGAGUUCAUAAAAUAAUGCAGAGUUUUAGGAACGGUUCCUCUCUCAAAGAAAAGUCAUUCGAAGAAACCGGGGCCUCAAAAACCAGCAGCAAACGAUUUUCACUGGCAUUAGUAUUUAAAUGGCAAGAAGAUGGCGACCAAGCCACUAAAGAAAAAGAGAGCAUGCCAGAGGAAAACCAGACGUUUGGAAGAGAAGAAUGUGUUCAAAAAGAACCACUUUCUGUAAUGCAAAUAAAUGAACUUAUUCAGAAGAGGCAGCUUUUGGAAGCCUUUGAACACAUCAGGGAUUUGGAAAUAGAACUCUUGGCUGAAAGAGAGGCCAAGAAAUAUGAAGACAACCUCAAAAAUUACAUGGCGAGGGCUAAAGAUGUUGAUUUGCUAUAUAAGAAUCUCUCCAAGGAAAUCCAGGAUAUUGUAGAACAGAUGCUGGAUCGCUCUAGCAUGGAUGCAAAGGUACUGAUAGAAAAGAUGGUGGCUUUAAUUGAAGAAGAAGAAAAAUCACAUUCUGGGGCUACAAAUAUCACUGUGCCUUCCGAGCCUGUGGACCGACUUGGGUUAGCCAGAAACUGGAGAGAACUUUGGGAGAAAAUGGUUAGCGAAAGUGUGACGAAAAGGAUCCAUAAGGUACAUAUACCGUUGAAGGAUGAUCCUUCUUGGCUUUUGACACACUUAGGGUUUCUCAAAAAUGUCGUAAGGCAAGAUCUAUUAACCAUCAAGGAUUCUAUACAUAAGUUCUAUCCAGACGAUUACCGUGCGUAUGAUAUUUACCUGAAGGCUUUCCACGAAGCCCUCUCUUUGCACUUACAAGGCAUCCUGGAAGAACAAGAUAGUUUUGAAUCCCAAGAAUUCCAUGCUGUUCUCCAUUGGGUCACAAAAGUAUACCACAGUGAAGAGUUUUUAGGGCAUCCUGAUCUUCAACCUGAAUUAAAAACUGAAGACCUUCCCAGCUUAUUAACUCCAGAGGUUUUGGAUAAACUGAAAAAAGACUACAUUCAUUCUGUCAAGCGGAAAACAAAGAGCUGCUUGGAGAAUAUUCAGAUCCUGGAGGCCAAGGAAAAGUGGGAUUCUGAAGAACAGCCGGAAGCUUUGCAAAGCCAAUAUAACUCAUCACUCUCCUUUGAUAUUCAAACGAUCGUUGGUGAACAUAUGAAGGCAUCAGGCAAAAUUUGCAAAAAUCUGGAAAUGGCAGUCCUUGAAAUGAGCGUGAAAGAAGUGACAGAAUUCAUACCAUGCUUUGGGAAAGCAUUUCUGGAACAGGACAAAGUGAAAGAUUAUCCCCAGUUUGCUUCAUUAAUGGUGGCCUACCUUAACAACUUCCAUGACUUGAGGAUGGACUUCAGAACAAGAUUUAACGUCAGCUGUGAAGAACUGGAAAAAAACCUGGAUGAGCUGAUACUGAGAUACAGGAAAUAUUUUCUGAAUAAAUUAAUGCUGAAAACACAGCUGAUGUUUAAGAAGAUUCUAAGUAAAGCAUGGAUUAUAAACAGCAGAACACUGGAUUCUUUCAUCAUGAAAAUUUUGGGGGUCAUUGAGGAUUUUUCUCAACACUUAAAAAAUCUGAAGGAGCCUAUUUGCAAGGAAUUUCUAAAUGAAGUUCACAAGUUUGUGGUUAAAGAAUAUAUCAGACAGAUUCUCAAGCCAAAAGCCGGAAUGAAAAGAACCAAACGGGAACUAAUCAGCAGAAUAAUGACUGAAGAAGCUGCAACUAUAAAUGAUACCAUGAAGCAUCUGGGCUCAAAUGCUGAUUGGCUUUUUCUGGCCAUUCCUCACAUUGCCACCAUAAUGAGUGAAAAGGAAAAAGGGAAAAUCAAAUGCUAUCUUGAACAGCUGGCAUGGAACUAUCCAGACAUCAGUGAGGAACACAUGAUGGCUAUUCUUACCCUUAGAGGACUGAGUAAAAAGAAGAGGCAGUCAAUAGCUCGUCAUGUGAAUAGACCCUCAGAUGAGUUAGAAUCUGGAUCUGGAAGAACACUCUUUGCUGAAAUUGAACUUCCAAAUACCAUCCAGUGCUUUUAAAAAUUCUGAAAAAUUCUGAAAAUUCUCAUUUUAUUCUUAAAAAUAAUGAAAUGAGACAUUAA